CAGGGUUUGUUUCGGGACAUUUUCGGGACGCAACAACCUAAUUACGCGAUGCACCACGAGACAGCGACGCCGUAACGUCGCACGCCAAGGACGUACUCAAACGUCAAGGUGUAAAGUCUCUCGUAGACGCGCCCGGACUAAUAUAAUGGAUAAAGUUUUCCCUUUAAGUGUUCGUUGUUUGUCGGUGUGUCGUGUUCUGUGUAUCAAUUUAAGUGACACCUACGUUAUCGGGAUCUAACCCGGGAUUAUAAGACGUCUUGUGUUUCUAGGUAUAGCUCAAGGUCGAGGUUCGUCUUCUAGAAUUAAGGAAUAUAAUUGUAAAGAUAAGCUUCAGUCUCGAUGUUCUUCCUGAAGUUCUAAGUCCUCCACAACGAGCCAAAUACUUAUAAGCUGGUCACAUUUCUACCUCAUCCGGUCAUGUAGAAACGGUCGAGGAUGUCCAGCCGCGGAUUCCUAGUAUUAGUGCUGUUGGUGACAUGUUCUGUCGCCGAGCAGGCGACCGAAUUCGCCGAGGCUUCCGACGGUGGUACGGCCUCCCUUCCCUGUAGUUUAGCCCCCACUCAAAUUCCGGACAAAAUAGCAAAUAUUUUGUGGUAUCGCGGUGCCGAGGAAUCUCCCUUUUAUAAAUAUGACGCGAAAAAUGUCCAUCCGCAACAUUGGGCGGAACCUGCUCUUCAAAACCGGUACUUUCUGCGUGUGCUAGACGAUCAACGAGCGAUCUUGUCCAUAUCCCCGGCCAAACAUUCGGACGAAAACGUCUUUCACUGCAGAGUAGAUUUUCAACAGUCGCCGACCAAAAUCACCCACGUCAACUUGACAGUUAUCGUACCGCCAACGAGCGUUCAAGUCAGCGACAGCGCUGGUCUCAUCAAAAAUGGCAUUACUUCCUCGUAUGCAGAAGGCGCAAGUAUCACACUCACUUGUACGGCAACUGCGGGUCGACCUUUGGCUAGGGUUUCCUGGUGGAGAGAUGGUGAACUAAUAGUAGACGAAACUCAAUAUUUCCCGGAGCGUGCCAAAUCGCAGUCCGUUCUCAAAAUCGACAAACUCACAAGAUCGCACCUACUAGCUGUCUACAGCUGUGAGGUAAACAACAGCAAGCUCCAACGGCCGCUGGUGGUCAGAGUAGCGAUCGAUAUGUACCUGAGACCGCUCGAGGUCACUUUAUUAGGAAAUAAUCCAGAAUUUAGUGCUGGUAAGAAAUACAACGUCACCUGUAGGAGUAAAGGUUCCAGGCCGCCAGCAAUUAUCACUUGGUGGAAGGAUGGAAUAUUACUAGAAGGAGGAAUAGUUACAGUUAGUUCUGACGGGAAUACUACGACGAGCGUUUUGUCAUUUAAUCCUAGCGCAGCGGAUCAUGGACUUGUUCUUGCCUGCAAAGCGUCCAAUCAAAGGAUACCACUUAGCGAACGGCAGCAAACAUGGAUGCUCAAAGUGCUUUAUCCGCCGAAGGUCGCAUUGAGUCUAGGCCACAGGCUCGACGGAAACGAUAUUAAAGAGGGGGCCGAUGUUUACUUCGAGUGUCAUUUAAUAGCAAAUCCCUGGGUGCGGCAUGUUUGGUGGCUCCGGAAUAGCGAACGGCUCCAUAGUAAUGCCAGCGCCGGCAUCAUAGUCAGCAAUCAAACGCUUGUUUUGCAGGGGGUGAGCAGAGCAAGCUCGGGGAAGUAUAGCUGUGAGGCCACGAACAAGGAGGGCACUUCGUCUAGUCCGCCUUUCCACCUUCGGGUCAAAUACGAGCCGGUCUGCAAAGAUGGGAUCGUUCGGAAAGUUGUUGGCGCUGCCAAAGACGAACCCGUCCAAGUGGAAUGCAAACUAGAUGCAGAACCACCAGCGACCCAAUUUCGUUGGAGCUUCAAUAGCACUCCUGGUAUUUCUAGAGAAAUGACUGAGCAUAUCGUCGAGGAAGAGGAUAUUAGUGUGUUAACUUACAUACCACACUCCGCUUCGGAUUAUGGGACAUUGCAAUGCUGGGGUACCAACGAAAUUGGCGUGCAAAGGGUCGCUUGCACGUACCACGUAGUACCGGCUGGAAGGCCGGACCCACCGCAGGGUUGUUCGAUGAUUAACAUAACCCAUCAUUCUGUUACGGUGACGUGCAAGAAAGGAUUCGAUGGGGGUCUGAAACAAAAAUUCGUUCUAAUGUUGUACGCUGGGGACCUUGCCGUUGCCAAUAUAUCGGCCCUCGCUACCCCAGAAUUUUACAUUCCGAAUUUGGAACCUGCCCAAGAAUAUUAUGCUUCAAUUUAUUCAUUCAACUCAAAAGGAUCGUCAAAAUAUCCUAAUUCUCUGCAAAUACGUACACUCCCUGCGCCCGGUCUGAAAGAACUCCGAAGAUCGACGGAACCGUCCGAAAGCCCGACAAAGGCCAUAUCAGGACCGUGGUUAUAUAUUAUGCUAGCUGCUGGAUCAACGUUGAUAGUCGCAGCGGCUGUGGGGCUCAUAAUAUUUGCCAUUAGAAGGUUCAGGGUAGAAAGCCCAACACGGAAUCCACAAAUUCGUAGUCCAAAGCAAGAGGAAACGCCAUCGAACUCGAUAGUGCAGCCCAUUAUGACGGACUCGUUGAAUGAGGACGAUAACAAUCCAGAUCUCAUACCUCCUACGUACGAGAGCUUGCUGGACUCAUCGACGUUGCCUCCGUACACCAUAACUGCGCGUCCUCAAAGCAAACGCAACUGCGCAACACAAAUGCCAGUCAAGCCGUACCACGUGACAUGGGCACCGAUACUUCAAUCGCGCAACUGUUCCACGCAGACGCCACCCCCACACAAGGAAAGUUCCGUCUAGUCCACGUGGUUUCAUCCCCUUCUCCCCUUACCCGCAGAGCAGAAGUCUUCGAAUCCCAAUCAGAUGUCUCGGCACCGGGACCAAUACCACCUGUGAUAUUUGUGAAUAUCUCAUAUUUUUAAGCAUUACAUUUAAAAACAUUAUCAAAUGAAUAAGUAAAAAAAACUGUUACACGCUGUUAUUAUUUCAUUGUCAAUAAAAUAUCAU